AGGGGGGGGGGGACAAAAGAAAGGAGCGAGAUAGCCCUCUAGGGGGGAAAGGCAAACAUUGGCUGACCCUGGCCAUUAGAAAUCAACUGACAACAGGAAGGAAGCUCAUUAACCCCUCUUGUUCCCCUCCCCUUUUCCGCGGGUGAGAAGCAGCUCCUCCUUCUCCUGGUCGUGCGACCCUGAUGCAAGAUGAAAACCGCCGCCUGCUUUCCCAGCGGAGGAAGAGACGGGAGAGGAAGGCGCAACCCAGGACCGAGUCAAGCAAGUCUGUCAAUCGACCGGGAACAUCCCGAGCGAGGUGACUUGGGCCCCAGGGCCCUCCGCGCCGGCCCGGCACCGCAGGCACCCGGUUACCUGCCCCUUCUGCGGAGUUUGCACCUAGCACCCCAACUCCUAGCCUGAUUGCCUGAGCCCCAGGACUUCCAGAGCCCCUGAGCCCAGCGCAGGUGGCGCAAACUCCCCUGCCCGCCGGCGCCCCCUGCCGGAGCGGGAAGGCGGCGCGGAGAGCCGGGUGCAGGGCGGUGAGAGAGCUAGGCGCGCGGAGCUGCCGCUAGCGUCCCCGAUGGUGCCGUCGCCUCCUCCGAGCCGGAGAGGAGCGGCCAGGGCGCAGCUGCGCAGGAGCCUUGGGCCGCUGCUGCUGCUCCUGGCGCUGGGACACACGUGGAGCUACCGAGAGGAGCCCGAGGACAGCGACAGAGAAAUUUGCUCCGAAAACAAAAUAGCGACGACCAAAUACCCGUGUCUGAAGCCUUCGGGCGAGCUCACCACGUGUUUCAGGAAAAAGUGCUGCAAAGGGUAUAAAUUUGUUCUUGGACAAUGCAUCCCAGAAGACUAUGAUGUUUGUGCUGAGGCUCCGUGUGAACAGCAGUGCACAGAUAACUUUGGCCGAGUGCUGUGCACGUGUUAUCCAGGAUACCGAUAUGACCGGGAGAGACACCGGAAGCGGGAGAAGCCAUACUGCCUGGAUAUCGACGAGUGCGCCAACAGCAAUGAGACGCUCUGUGCACACAUCUGCAUCAACACCCUGGGCAGCUACCGCUGCGAAUGCCGGGAGGGCUACAUCCAGGAGGAUGACGGCAAGACGUGCACCAAGGCAGAUAAAUAUCCCAAUGACACUGGGCUGGAUGAGAAGGCCAAGAAUGCUGUGCAGGCCGGGACCUGCUGCGCCUCGUGCAAGGAGUUCCACCAGAUGAAGCAGACAGUUCUGCAGCUGAAGCAGAAGAUUGCCCUGCUCCCCAACAAUGCUGCCGACCUGGGCAAGUACAUCACUGGUGACAAGGUGCUGGCCUCAAACACCUACCUUCCCGGACCACCUGGCCUGCCUGGGGACCAGGGCCCUCCCGGCUCACCUGGACCAAAGGGAAGCCCAGGCUUCCCAGGAAUGCCAGGCCCACCUGGGCAGCCUGGUCCAAGGGGCUCAAUGGGACCCAUGGGACCAUCUCCUGAUCUGUCCCACAUUAAGCAAGGCCGGAGGGGCCCUGUGGGUCCACCAGGUGCACCAGGAAGACAUGGUUUGAAGGGGGAGAGAGGAGCACCUGGGCCUAGAGGGUCUCCGGGACCUCCUGGUUCUUUUGACUUCCUGCUGCUGAUUCUGGCUGACAUCCGCAACGACAUCAUCGAGCUGCAGGAAAAGGUGUUUGGGUACCAAACUCACUCUUCAGCAGAGGAGUUGCCUUUACCUCAGGGAUUUUCCAGCUCUCCGGAAACCACGGACUUCGGCUCUGGAGACGACUACCCAAAAAGAACGGAGACAAGAGCCUUGGGAACACCCAGAGACUUUUAUCCUUAACACAACCCAGCAUCUUCGUGCCAAAGGAAGAGAAAAGAAAAGUGUUUUCACCUGAAGUUAUAUCGUCUACAGAAACACAUACACUGGGGACAUUGAAAAGAUACAUUUUUAUUUUCUUUACCCUUUUCCUGGCUUCUCCCUACUUCUCUUCUUCCAGAUACUUUCUUCAGAGUUCCCUACGUGAGACAGGAGGGAGUAAAUGAGUGAUUUAUAUGCUUCCCAGUGAGAGCCAGUUGGGGUGGACUACAUAGAAACUUUUCUUAUGCUUUCUGUUUUUUUUAAGAACUUCAAGAUUUCUGAGUUAAAUAUUCUUAUAGUGUCUUAAAACUUGGUAGAAUAUCCAAAAAGGAAAAAUGGGAAGGUGAACUCUAAAAAAAUGUGAGGCUACUUAUUAAAAAAAAAAAAAAGGAGAGAGAGAAAGAGAACUGUGUCCAAAAGAGACUAUUACUUUUCUAGUAUCAAAAUUGGGAUGUGCAAUUAAAGGUUGGGGGAGGGGCAGCCAUGUUUAUUCACCUUGGUGAAUAGCUGUUUUUUUCCCUUGUCGAUCUAAUAGAUUUUAGAUAUUCUGUCCUCUUAAUCAACCUUGUUUCCCAAUUUUUAUUGAGGAAAGGAGGAGAACUAAGAGGGAGUGGAGAUUAGGGAAGAUGGAGAAAAUUAUAGCCAUGUAUUUAUUGUCAUGUAGGUUGCCACAUUUUAAAAUUCAAAUAUGACUGUUAGGCAUUCAUGCCAUACCCACUCCCUUCGAGUCGAUUCCGACUCGUAGCAACCCUAUAGGACAGAGUAGGACUGCCCCUUAGAGUUUUCAAGGAGUGCCUAGUGGAUUCGAACUGCUGACCUUUUGGUUAGCAACUGGAGCACUUAACCACUAGACCACCAGGGUUUCCAUUCAUGCCAUGUUUCUCUAUAAAUAUCCUGUUCAGAGUUAGGAUAGAAAGUUACUCUAGCUGUAGGAAUAAAUCCUGUUUUCAAAACACAGCCAGUGAAUGAAGUGCCCUGACUCACAUUAGCACAAUGGGUUCCUGGUUUGCCAGAACAUUUCAAAGCUAUUUAAUCAAAUGUGUUGCUGCUCAGUAAAUCACAGGUUAUUCAUUAAAUAGGGGUGGCUGACCCUUCGAGAGAAGCCCAGAAUCCCCUGGCUCUGGCCAAGUGCCCAGAAGGUACCAUCAGGCCAUGAUGCAGACUGAAUUAAUGUCUCGCAGGACUCAAGGUUGAACAUUGUUGCCUUGGGUUAGUGGGGUGGAAUUUGGGGCAUCUUUCCAUCCAUUGAAGCCAAAUUAACAAAGACAGGUAAAUUUGCUCUCCUUGGGUGCUAUAAAUCUUUGUCUGGGGCCAGCCAAGCUUGCCAGUGUUAUUGAGAAUAAUACACUAUUGAAGGUUCUCGUGGGUGGGCAGAAAAACAAAGUAUUCCUUGUUUGGCAUUCCCAUUUUUCCCUAAUUUUUCUUAAUUCCGUCCAAACCCAGCUUUUUCAGGCCAUCUCUUUGAUUUUCCUUCCUCAGCUGAUAUGGAAGGCAGUUCAGCAAGAGAUGUUUUUCAAAACCUCCCAGUAAGUAUGUUUUCCCAGGGCCUGUCUGUGUCCCAAGGUGAAGGGCACUGGAAGACAUGGCUUUCUCAGGAUUCACAGGCACCAAGGGCCAGAGUGGAAACCCUGGUGGCAUAGCGGUUAAGUGCUAUGGCUGCUAACCAAAAGGUCAGCAGUUCGAAUCCACCAGGCACUCCUUGGAAACUCUAUGGGGGCAGUUCUUCUCUGCCCUAUAGGGUCACUAUGAGUCGGAAUUGACUCAAUGGCAGCAGGUUUUAGGGGGCCAGAGUACUCAAGGGACUGGUUCCUUUAUAAUAUUAUUAGAGGACCUCCUGGUUUUAAUAGGCAGCGUACAGGUCUCUUUCCCACUUUUCUCAUUUGACUCACAAAACAGCUUUUAUCCACCUGAUGUUCAGGAGACUUUCUCCCUUAUUCUGAGUCUCCCAGAUAGUUAAGCAUUCUAUUACGAACUGAAAGGUUGGUGGUUCAGAUCUACCCAGAGGCACCUCGGAAGAAAGACCUAGAGAUCUACUUCUGAAAUAGCACAGCCGUUGAAAAUCCCACUGAGCACAGUUCAGCUACACAUCUGGGGUCACCAUGAGUUGGAAUCAACACUACAGCCGCUGGUUGCUUUUUGUUGUUUUGGUUUCUUUUAAUGAUCACUCUCAAAACUCAUGUUUGCUCAUGAUGGGGUUCCCGUUUCCCAUCUGUGACAUCUCCGUAUUUUUUGAGAAAUUUUUGUUUGGUUUCAUUUUCAAUCUCCUCUUAACCUACAUCAUUUAACUCUCCUACUGGGAAAGUCUGUGAAAAGAGAACUACUGUUAUCAUAUUCAUAUGCCAUUUUCCCAUCUUCUUUCUUAAGAACAGCAAGAAAGGCCUCUCUUUGCACAUCUCAAGUGGCAACGGCCGUCCUUCCCAUUUCCAUCUCACUGGUAUACGGGACUCUCGUCUGUCAGCUGGUGGCUGAGUUUUUCACUAACACUUCACUAUUUCUUACUCAUGCAAAAUCCCCAGUGACUGUCCAUCAGAAGUUUAAAGGUGAGAGGAAGUCAUCCUCAAUGCUUCUUUUCUAGUACCCUUCUUCCCCUUCAGUCUCUCCAGAGUCCAUCCUGCAGAGCAGAGGGCAUCACCAACUACGGGUUUACCAAGAGAUGAACUGGGCAGCCAUGGAUCCCCAUCUGGAAUAUAUUUAAUGUUUGCCUGCUCGGGAAACACAGUAUUUAAAGGGUGUGGACAGAUGGGUGCUGAAGAAAGCUACACACAGGCGCUCUGAGAAAUGGUUAGAUCCAUCUUUGGCUUUUUUUAAAAAUGAGGAAUUUUAUUAGCUUUUCUUUUUCCUAAUAGUGAACUGUGUUUUAAAAAUAUAAAUCUUUUUUAUUGUCAGAGGCUCAUAAAAUAUAGCCAAACUGCAUAUAGGCUAGGAUAAUAUAUUAAAAGAAUGAACUGAAAGUAGUUAUAUCUGGAAUUCCUGAGAUUAUUCUAGAUAAUAUCCUUCAGCAAAAUACCCAAUAGCCUGUAUUUUAUAAUCUCAAUCUGCUGGAUCAGGUCACUUUAUAAAAUGAUUAUUAAUCCCCAGAUGUUCAAAACAUGGACUACUACCACACGAUUCAAUAUGUACUCUUUAUGCCCAAAUUAUAUUUUCCAAAGGUAAGGCAUUACCAUUUCUAACCUACCUUUAGUUGUGUAUAGAGAAUCAAAGCUUCACUAUCUGAAAUGAGGCUUUUGCCCAGAACCUAAUGGAAAAUCCAUGUUUUGGGUAAAAUUUGCUACAGUUUAACUAAGCCACUUUAUGCUUCACUGAGGAAAAAAGAUCUUUUUACUCCUCCUUUUUUUCAACCCUUUAGUAGAAAUGUUGACUUCAGUAUAUUGCACUGUCAUGAAUAGGACUUAGAAGAGGCCUUAAUUGGUUGUGUCUGCUUUUUGAAAGCCAUUUGAGUAAGCAUCUACUGUUGAAAAUGGUUCAAGGAAGGCAUACAUUUUUGCUUAGGAAAAUCACCUUCCCACCCCAACUCCAGAGGGGGAAAUGAAGAAAAUGAUACACUUUACUAUGCCAAGGAGGCAUGGAAGCACAAAGGAGAUGUUGCCUUCUCUCUCCCUUGUCAAUUCCCAACACUUGCCACAGACUUACUUGACCAGGUGAAGUCAUUUCUGCUGUCCAACAUCACACAGGUGUGUCCAUCGCCUGGUAGGUAAAUAGCAAAUGCACCUCGGCUGGGGUGGGGGAAAUAUCACCCCAUCAAAUGCCGGGUGAAGGCUACCUGGUUCUGCCCAGGCUCCCCCUCCAGGGUGUGUAAGAAGGGUUGUGUUUGGGAGCCUUGUUCCCAGGCAAGCAGAGAAACAGAUUCUCUGUGACUAGGAGCCAGGCAUUUCCUUGGGUUGACAAGGAGCAGCUUCAUCAUCCUUUGGGCAUCCCUCCCUAGGCUUCGUCCCCCCACCCCAGCCUAUCACAUAGACACAGCCACAGUCACCUCAUUGUGCACACUCAGAGCUUUCAGAUAACCUCCCUGAAAAGAAAAUUAUCUGCAGGAAUCUGGACCAAACAGCUAGUUGAAUAGAACCAUCUAAAAUUAUUACUAAUGAAAUUCAGGGACAUAGAUGGAAUUUUUCCUGGCACAGUCAACAUGCAUGUUUCACAACAAAUCAAAAAAUAAUUCUCCAUUUGGAAAAAGAAAACAAUGACAAAAAUCUUGGACUUGACAUGCUCCUUUAAUAAACGUUAUUGUUUUAGAAAAAUCAUAGAAAAUGACCCCUUAUAAAUAUUAACUUACCACCCCUCCCUUCCCCAGCCCAGGACCCCAGCAUUCUUUAUUAGAUUCCCAAAGAAGUGCCCUGAGGAAUUUCAUGUGUGUCUUGAGUUUGGUUUUUGUUGUUGUUGUUUGUUCGUUUGUUUUUUUCCAAUGACCAGUCAUAUACGUCAGUAGCUCUGUUGCUCAUUAUUUAUAACGGGUCCAUAUAACAGUUGAGCUAGUAUUCAAACAGUUAUGGAUGUGAUACUAUGAAGAACAUUUGAUAUGAUUGUAUAUGCUUAAUAACAAAGUUAUUUUCUUA